CCCAAACCCUCAUCCAUGGCUCCUCUCCUUCGCCCCCUCCUCCUCUUCCUCUCGAUCCUCGUCGUCUCCUCCGCCGCGGCGGCGGCGGCGGUGGUGGAGGCGGAGGCGGAGGACCCGCUGAUCCUCCAGGUGGUGCCGGACGCGAAGGAGGAGGGAGGCGUCGGCGGCGGCGGCCAUCUAGGGCUCGGGGCGGCGGCGGUGGAGGCGCACUUCGUGAGCUUCGAGCGGCGGUUCGGGAGAUCGUACGCGAGCGCGGAGGAGCGCGCGCACCGGCGCUCGGUGUUCGCGGCGAACCUCCGCCGCGCGCGCCGCCACCAGCGGCUCGACCCCGGCGCCGUCCACGGCGUCACCCAGUUCUCCGACCUCACCCCCGCCGAGUUCCGCCGCGCCUUCCUCGGCCUCCGCCGGAAGAAGGGCGGCGUCGGCGGCAGCAUCUUCGGCUCCUCGCACGAGGCCCCGAUCCUCCCCACGAACGAUCUCCCCUCCGAUUUCGAUUGGAGGGAUCAAGGCGCCGUCACCGGGGUCAAGAAUCAGGGUUCGUGCGGGUCGUGCUGGUCGUUCAGUGCAUCGGGGGCGUUGGAAGGGGCAAACUUUCUGGCCACCGGAAAGCUGAAGAGCCUCAGCGAGCAGCAGCUCGUCGAUUGUGAUCAUGAGUGCGAUCCAUCAGAAGCGGAUGCAUGUGACCAAGGAUGUAAUGGCGGGCUAAUGACUACCGCCUUCGAGUACCUGCUAAAAUCUGGCGGCCUGGAGAGCGAGGCAGACUACCCUUACACCGGGACAGACGGAGGCAGCUGCAAAUUCGACAAAUCCAAGAUCGCUGCCUCGGUUAAAAACUUCAGCGUCGUCUCAAUCGACGAAGAUCAAAUCGCUGCCAAUCUCGUGAAACACGGCCCUCUCGCAAUCGGGAUCAACGCAGUAUUCAUGCAGACAUACAUCGGGGGAGUCUCGUGCCCGUACAUCUGCGGAAGGCAUUUAGACCACGGUGUUCUUCUCGUCGGCUACGGCUCCGCAGGCUACUCCCCCAUCCGCUUCAAGGAGAAGCCCUACUGGAUCAUAAAGAACUCGUGGGGCGAGAGCUGGGGCGAGGACGGGUACUACCGGAUCUGCAGGGGCCGCAACGUCUGCGGCGUCGACUCGAUGGUCUCGACCGUGACCGCGAUUCAAACCUCGCAAAAGUAGUAACCUCCUAACUGGUAUUUACCCCCUUCUGUUUAUAAACUGCAUUCCGGUUAUUCCACGAGCUUCGUAGGUGUGUGCUCUAAGUACUAUGAUCAUUUGCUGAUAACAAACACUGUUCUAAGAUAUUAUGUGUGAAAUUUGCAUAAGAUGAUGUACUUCUAUAAAGCAACUUAUGUAUGGGUUUCUAAUAUCUUUGUUUAGAUGUAUACUUCUGUGUGUUUAAAUGGUUUGGUAUGAUUAUGUUUCUUG